AUGAAACAUGAUGCAUUACUAGUGAUCACCAUUUCUUGUAGUAUAAAUACAUCACGUGCGUUGUGGGAAGUGUUUAAUAACGUUGCGGGGUACACAGCUUUGUCCACUGUUAUUGGCGAGGUAUACAUCACGUUCGCGAACGAAAGUCGGCAGCAGAAGAAGAGCACCAUGAUAGGUACGGACAUUAAAGCGAGAUCGGCAAAUGUGCGGGAGGGAGAUUAA